UGGUUUGGUCCGUCACACUGAAAACCCUUUCAGACCAAUACUUUGGUAUAGUCCCCUUACGCGCGAAGUUUUGGUAACUGCAAUGGCGUCCAAAGCAGGUCGUCGCGGGACGAAACGCAAAGCGGAGGUUGAGGCCGAAGGGGAGAAACCAUCCGUGGGGGAGGAGGAGGACAGAGGAGAGGGGGAGAAGGGCCAAGGAGGCCAAAGAGUGGUCAUUGAACACUGUAAGAGCUGACGGGUGUAUGGGCGUAAUGCUCAGGAGGUGAAAUCUGCCCUCCUGGCUGCCCAUCCUGAACUGACAGUGGUCUUCAACCCCGAGAAACCCCGCAGAAACGGCUUUGAGAUCACUCUGCUGGAUGGAGGCAAGGAAACGUGUCUGUGGACUGGAAUCAAGAAGGGUCCACCUCGUAAGCUCAAGUUUCCUCAGCCUGAUGUUGUCGUUGCUGCUCUGCAGGAGGCUUUGAAGGCUUAGUAGACGCCCAGUGAAGGAGCUCAGGAGGUGUGGUCCAUGGAAGCAGAAUGAUGAGGAGUGACCAAUGGGAUGCUCCCAGUCUCUCCUCUGAUGAUGCAAGCUCCAACAGCUCACAUCUCCUGGAUACAUGGUGACACCUAGUGGAGCGUCUCUGAGCCAAUGCAGACGCACAGUGCUGCUGUUUAGUAAAACACCUUAUUUAUCAAUGGUGUGUUGUGCUUUUAAAUCUUGAAUUUGGUAAAUAAAGUGUUCUUGUUUUUCAA